UGUUCUGCUGACUGCAGAAGCGCUACCUGGCACAGAGCGUGGGUGCGUCAGCAUUCUGGGUAGAAAUGAAUGAAAAAUCAAUGGGCAUGACUGCAGAGCGAGCCCACACAACUGUAACCUAGUUUGCGCACGGCUCUCCGCACGCCCCGAGCAGGUGCAUGUGCUCUUUAAGAUGGUAAGUUUCCCCAGUCGCCUGCCCGCACAGCCUGCUGUCAGAGGAGAGAGAGGGAGGAAUGCCGUAGUGGGAUAUGCAGCACCAGAUGUGGGAUUCUGAAAGUUUUCUUCAGGUUUCGCAAAUUCGUCUUUGUGAGGACGAGCAAGUUAUUUGAAGAAGCCCCCCCCCUCUUGGUGCUGCAAAGAUGAGCUCCCUACUUCUCUCCAGCUUUCUCCUCGGCUUCAUCUCCCUGUGCCUGGCCGACAGCUUUGAGCACGCCUACAGCGACCUGGAGCACUACAGGACCAUCUACAUCUCAGAAAAUGGCCCCCGCCUCUCAGUGAUGACAGAGCAGGCCAAAGUGGUGUCUCGCCGUGGAGGUAAUGCCACCCUGCCCUGCAAGUUCAUCCGUGAGGACACGGCACCCCCCAACCCCAAACUGAGAAUCAAGUGGACCAAGUUGACCUCUGACUACCUGAAGGAGGAUGACGUGUUUGUGGCCAUGGGCUUCCACAAGAAAAGCUAUGGCAGGUUCCACGGAAGGGUCUUCCUCCAAGGGUCCGGUGAGAAUGAUGCGUCCCUGGUUAUCACCGAGCUCACACUGGAAGACUACGGCAAGUACAAGUGCGAGAUCAUCGAUGGGCUGGAGGAUGGCACUGGGGUAGUGGCCCUGGAUCUACAAGGGAUUGUGUUCCCCUAUUUCCCACGGCUGGGACGCUACAACCUGAACUUCCACGACGCGGAGAAGGCUUGCCAGGACCAGGACGCGGUCAUAGCCUCCUUCGACCAGCUAUACGACGCCUGGAGAGGGGGGCUGGACUGGUGCAAUGCAGGCUGGCUGAGUGACGGGUCCGUGCAGUACCCCAUAACCACACCCCGGGAGCCCUGUGGGGGCAAGGACACCGUGCCCGGUGUCAGGAACUACGGUAUACGCGACAAGGAGAAGAACCGCUAUGACGUGUUCUGCUUUACGUCCAACUACAGAGGACGAUUCUAUUACUUGAUACACCCAACCAAGCUGACAUAUGAUGAGGCCGUGCAAGCGUGUCGGAAGGACGGCGCUCAGAUCGCCAAGGUGGGACAGAUGUUUGCGGCCUGGAAGCUGCUAGGCUACGACCGCUGCGACUCAGGCUGGCUGGCCGAUGGCAGCGUGCGCUACCCCAUCACCCGCCCAAGGAGGCGCUGCAGCCCCACGGAGGCGGCCGUACGGUUCGGAGGCUUCCCCGACAAGAAGCACAAGCUCUAUGGUGCCUACUGCUUCAAGGCCUACAAAUAAUGCAACACCUGAGCAAAACAAAACAAAACAAAGCAAAACAAAAAAAAAAAAAA